GACAGUGAUAGUAUCCGGAAGAAUCCGGAGCCAGUAUACGAAAAUGUCUUCCGAAGAGAGUGUGAAGGAGGAAGAAAAGGAGAAGGAGGAGACUGUGGAAGCUGAGGGGAGCGCAGGAGAAGAUGUCGCGAGUGAGAGAAACGCUCAGUGCUACGAAAUGUUCGAGAAAGUGGCGGAGUAUCUAAACGGGGAGCUUGCAGCCACGUCGGAGGAGUACGCCCUCCUGCAGAGACUGAACCAGAUAACUCUGAACAAGUACCAGGACAUGACGGCUCUGGCCUCGCGACUGAAUGAAGUCUCCCAGAGACUCAACGACAAGUUUGUAUCCCUACAACCAUACUGUGACCAGAUUGACCAGGUGGAGGCCAGUGUUAGUGCCUUGGAACAAACUGCCUAUCGCCUCGACGCCUACUGCAAGAGACUUGAGGGAAAGUUCCGAGAUCUGGAAAAGAGUUAACCAAAAUAAUAGCUAUAUCAAUUGUAUAAUUGUGUGUAUAUACAUAAUAAACUCAAAUGGCAAAAUAUUUGUGAUGCAAGACAAUAGAUAAUAUUUGUUGCUGCCUGCCACCUGUACUGCAGUACGAUAAAGUACAAAAGAAGCUAGCAUGGCACAAAUGGCUGGUCAUCGACUGUAUGGGUGGUAGGACGCUCCUCCGUGUUGAUUGUAGUUCUUUACUGGUCCAUACCUUGAGUAACCUGCAGCGGGAUUUGGUGAAGAGAGAGAGAGGAGAUGAACAAUGUGUAGGAGUAAUCGUAAAGGGGAAAAGAAACAGAGUGGAGUAAUAGGUGUAUGUCAAUGUUCAACAAGACUUGGAGUUGGAGAAACGAGGCAGUGAUAGAGUUGACAGGUUGUCACGGAACUGACCUCCCCUGCCACCACCUUGAGGAGGGCCAUAUCCUCCGUAGCCUCCGUACCCUCCCCCGGCUCCAUACCCAUCGUAGCCACCGUCCCACGAUCCGUCGUAGUACUGCUCUUGUUGGUGGCCGUGAUAUCCAUACGGAACCCACCCAGCUAUAGAGACAGACAGACAGACAGAGACAGAAAUCACACCACCCA